AGGCUCGCACAGUACUUCAAGUUUGUGCUUUAUGCACAGGUUUGCGCAGGUACGCAGCUGGCGUAAACAUUGUUCACUCGAGACCGGUUAUUCACGUAUAAUUCAGGCAAUCGUCGUUGUAAUUCAAAACCUUCCAAUAACUGAAUGAACAUUGAACAAUUAAGGGAUACCUCGUACUCGUGGAAGCCAUCGUUGUUACGACAUAACAUACGUAGAAGUAUCAAUUAAUACCGCAAACCUUGACGGUGAUUUCGUACUUUGUUCAUUUUUUUUCAUUAUCAUCUUUGCUUGCAUCUCCGUGACCGUUCACGAUGAACACGCCACCGACCCACGGACGUAUUCAUUUAGCUAUCGUCGCUGGUGUUUGCGCAACAAUCGGCAGCUUGUUUGGAAAACUAUGCAGUGGCGUUGAGAUCACGUCGACGGUCCUCCUCUUGCUGAAAUUCGCUCUUCUCGUGGCUAUGAUGACAAUCAACACUGCGGGCUGCACUUUGUUCGUCAAAUCUCUACAGGGUAGCGGGUCUUCGUUGCCAGCUACCGUCGCCAGUUCAGCUACGAACUAUUUCUGCUCAGCUCUGAUUGGGUUUCUCGUAUUCGGAGAGUCGACCUCUCUACUGUGGUGGAUAGGAACCACGUUGGUUCUCUGUGGAUUGCUGCUAAUCUGCUACGCACCACUGACCAAGAUCGACCGUGCUACGAAAUUGAAGCAACGAUAAUGAGUCUUCGGUGUUGUACGAUUUCAUUAACAAUCUGUACCUCCCGGAUCACGACAUGUGUAUUCGUAAAAAUAUAUUGUAACUCGUUUGUACUAAUGAACAAACACCGAUGUAUUGUUGAGCAUUUGUAUAAGAUGUUCAAUUUUACGUCUGCCGGUGUACGGACCGGUGUCAUGUGUCAACUGGCAUGAUUUAAUGGCUAUUGAUACUUGAUCUUUGACAUGAAUUCACCAUGAAAAGUAUUUUCACUCAAGAAAAAAUGAUUACUGUACAUAUUUCAUUCUAGCUUGAUUAUCUUGGGUGUUACUCACGCGCUUACAAAUAACCUCAAGUAUUUGAAUGAUGAUGUUUGAUGUGUGUAAUUUAUCACUAAAUAAAACUCCCAUCUCGUA